UACAGUCCAUAGCACAGGAACAUAAAUCUCCUCCGAUUACACACCGUCCGAUCAAACAUUGGACGGACCAUCAACGCUACAACCACCUCUAUCCUAGACCCAGAAGAUAAGAUAACUGGAGCAGCAUUUAAAUCACGAUUUCCAACAAACCGCUCUAUUGCAAAACAAAAAAAAAAGCCCGGUAAGCACCACUGGUUCCUACGAAACUAUUCCUUUCAUUUUCACCUUCUCCGCCAUUUCAUACUGAAGCAAUAUAUACUCACGGACACCGCAAAUCUAUAAUCCUAUACGUACAUCGGCACCCGUAGAUUUGGAGCAAUCUACGGCUCCGUGCCCCUCGUUCUACAGCGAAAACUAGAUUUCGUUUAGAUCUGGUUUUCGAGCAAGCAAAUUUGUAUAGUUUCAUUAAUAUGCACAUUGAUUUCGCUGCCUAAAUCUCACUCAAUUGUUUCCUUGGUGCUUCAACUGAGCAGCAAAAAUGGUGAUCUCUAGUCCUAUUACCCCUGGACAGGUCUCGUUUUUACUUGGCGUUGUGCCAAUAAUUGCUGCCUGGAUUUAUUCAGAGAUUUUGGAGUAUAAGAAAAAUGCUGCUGCAGCCAAAGCUAGACACUCUGAUAUUGGUUUGGCUGAAAUGGGAAAUGAUGCUGUUAAAGAAGAUGACCGAGCUGUUUUGCUGGAGGGGGGAGGUCUUCAAUCAGCUUCUCCUAGAGCUAAGACUUCCCCUGCUUCAUCUCCGAUUUUCAGGUUCCUUCUGAUGGAAGAGCAAUUUCUGAUUGAGAAUCGCUUGACACUCAGAGCUAUAUCUGAAUUUGGUGCCCUUCUUGGGUACUUUUACCUAUGUGAUCGUACAGAUUUCUUUAACUCAUCAACGAAGAGUUUUAAUAGGGACCUUUUCUGGUUUCUCUAUUCCCUUCUCAUCAUAGUUUCAGCCAUAACUUCUUUCAAGAUACAUCACGAUAGGUCGCCAUUCUCAGGAAAACCCAUACUCUAUUUGAACAGGCAUCAAACUGAGGAAUGGAAAGGCUGGAUGCAGGUAUUGUUUUUGAUGUAUCAUUACUUUGCUGCAACAGAAAUCUAUAAUGCAAUCCGAGUUUUCAUUGCCGCGUAUGUGUGGAUGACUGGGUUUGGGAACUUCUCAUAUUAUUAUGUCCGAAAAGAUUUCAGUCUUGCUAGGUUUGCGCAGAUGAUGUGGCGGCUUAAUUUCUUGGUGAUAUUCUGCUGUGUCGUGCUUAACAAUAGUUAUAUGCUGUAUUACAUUUGCCCUAUGCACACUCUUUUCACUCUUAUGGUUUAUGGAGCACUUGGUAUUAUGAACAAAUACAACGAGAAGGGAUCUGUUAUAGCUGUAAAAAUCAUCGCCUGCUUCUUGGUUGUUAUCCUAAUAUGGGAAAUUCCUGGAGUGUUUGAAUUGGUUUGGAGCCCAUUUACUUUCUUUCUUGGCUACACUGAUCCUGCAAAACCAGAUCUUCCUCGGUUGCAUGAAUGGCAUUUCCGUUCAGGCCUUGAUCGUUAUAUCUGGAUAAUUGGAAUGAUAUAUGCCUACUAUCAUCCAACAGUGGAAAGGUGGAUGGAGAAACUGGAGGAAACAGAAGUGAAGCGUAGAAUAUCAAUCAAAACAGCUGUGGCAUCGAUAUCCCUAUUGACGGGUUACCUAUGGUUCGAACAUAUAUACAAGAUGGACAAGGUUACUUACAACAAGUACCAUCCUUAUACUUCUUGGAUUCCAAUAACUGUUUACAUAUCCUUGAGAAACGUCUCCCAAUACUUCCGCAGCUACACUUUGACCCUUUUUGCAUGGCUUGGAAAGAUUACUCUGGAAACAUACAUUUCACAAUUCCAUAUCUGGUUAAGAUCAAGCAUCCCAGAUGCUCAACCCAAAUUGUUGCUUUCUAUAAUCCCACAAUCAGAAUUCCCACUGUUGAACUUUAUGCUCACUACUUCCAUAUAUGUCGCAGUUUCUUACAGACUCUUUGAUCUGACCAAUACAUUAAAAAUUGCAUUUGUACCCAGUAAAGACGAUAAGCGCCUCGCACACAAUAUGAUCACUGCUGCAGUAAUUGCAAGCAUUCUAUACUCGGUGUCUUUUAUAUUUUUAAAGAUCCCUCAGAUAUUGGUGUGAGAAAAAGGCUGCAAGCUUCUGUAUCAGUUCUCCAUGAAUACACGAGAAGAAUGUAGUUCAACUGCUAGGUCUUUCUUUUUUUGAACAAAAAUGCCCGAACUGCAAAAUGGAUUUAUUUCAAGCUCCUUGGUGAAAGAAAUGGAGUAGGAUAUGCUUAGAUUUUGUGACACAGUUUGUAUAGGAAAAGAUCAGUAAUUGAGAUGACCUCCAAGAGGUAUUAUUUUUGUAAUCUUUGUUUUUCAUUUAUUUUCUAGCACUAUAGUAAAGAUGAUUACAGGUGAAAUAUAACAUUCAUUACUGAAGCGACUUCCAUUUGCCUCCCUCAAGUUAGUAGACUUAUGGCCAUAUAUAAAUCAGGCUGUAUUUGGUAGAAUAAAA